AUGAUAUCUAUGGAAAUAUUACCUUCGUACAUUCCCACAUUUGUUUUUCUCAGUAUUAUUCCAUUGGAGUUUAUGCAUGAGUUUUUGCGAAUGCGUCUUGAGACACGGCCACAAAAACCAAAUCCUCUUAGUCUAAAACAAUUAAUGAAAGAACUUCGUGAGGGCUUAACCCUUGCUCUUACCCAUCGAGAGAAUUAUCACAGACACAUAACUUCAGCAUUGCAAGAAAACGAAGAAGAAUUGGAGAAAUAUUUAAAAAUAUUGGAUCAAUUUGAUUCCACUGUGAAGACUACAUUUGGAGUGUAUCUAGAUUAUGUUGAUCAAAUGGUUAUAGAAGCAUCAUCGGAAAGUCAUCAGAAAUCAGCUUUGGAAAAAGAAUGGAUGUUCACUAAACUUGUUAGUCCAAUGAUUCAUGGAAUGCAUGCAUUGGCAACUAAAAAAUUUUGUUUAGUGAUUCGAAAACUUCUAAGCAACAUCAGUGAACGUCUUGUACAAAAAGUCCAUGAACUCGAUACUAAAAUUGAAACAACAAAUUCCCACCCCGAAGACAAAAAGAAAGAUCUCUUCCAAAUAUGUCGUGACACUCAAUGUUUUUUCACCUCCGAACGAGAGAGUUCCCUAAAAAUUCUAUUCUUUGCCAAAACAUUUUGCCGUGACGUCGAACAUUCCGACUUUCAUCGCGAACACUACGAAGAAUACCUUAAUCGAAAUAAAUUAAAUAAUUUCGUUUGUCCUGCCGUCAAACAAGAAUUUAAGUUGGUUCAAAAAGAUGUUCUCGAAGUGCGAGAUAGACUUAAGCAAAUAAUCGAACGUAUUCAACAACAGUGUUGUGUUCGAAAUAUUAUUGAAUUAGACGAACAAGAUCGUCAAUCUGUAUUCUCCGGAUAUCGUGAAGUCUUGCAUCAAGGAUUUAAAUUUGGUUUUGAAUACAACAAAGAUGUCAUUCGAUUGUUCGAACAGAAGAUUAUGAAAAAUCGUGAUAUAACGUCUGACAAAAAUCUUGCCUUAGGAAUUGUUGCCUUUUCGAAAAUGUGGAUGGAGUUUGUUACGGAACGUUGCGAACGAGGACGAGGUGUUCGUCCUCGAUGGGCUUCUCAAGGUCUAGAGUUUCUUAUAUUAGCUUGUGAUCCUCAAAUAACACGAUUCCUCGACGAUCAUCAGUUUGAGGAAUUAAAACACAAAAUGGACCAUUGCAUAUCACAUGUGAUUGGAAUCAACUCGGAACCGGAGAAAACAAAGAAAAAAGCUAGUCCACGGACACGUAAGACAUCUUCUCCUGUAACUAGUCGAUCACGAACACCCACACGAUCUCCUCUAUCAGCUGGAGUAGGUGUAGAUUACUCAUCACAAAAGUUCCUCCAUCCACAGUUGAGUUUAAAAGAAGAACCAUCUUCUCCAUCGGAUUACAGUUCAGUUGAUACCCCGGAUUGCGAUUCAACAAACUUAAAUACCAUAAGACUGAUAGUUCCGAGUAGAAUGGGAUUAGAUAGUCUAGUAUUGCGGCAAAUACGGGUUCGAGAUGCCGUCAAUCGGUUGGAUAUGGAGAUUGAAAAUGCAUUGCGAAGCAAGAAUCUUAUCGGUCAGGUUAAGGCUUUAAAUACUUGUGACAAAAUUCAGAUACGGGCAAGAAGUGUGAAUUUCCAUUGGCAUCGAGGAAUUAAGAUUGGCCAAGGCCGUUUUGGAAAAGUCUACACAGCUGUGAACAACUCAACAGGGGAGCUUAUGGCCAUGAAAGAAAUUGCAAUCCAACCUGGCGAAACUCGAGCUUUGAAAAAUGUUGCCGAUGAAUUGAAAAUUCUGGAAGGUAUUACACAUCGUCAUCUUGUUCGUUAUUAUGGAAUCGAAGUGCACAGAGAGGAAUUACUUAUUUUUAUGGAACUUUGUCCAGAAGGAACACUAGAAUCACUUGUUGAGGUGUCCGAUAUCUUUCCAGAGGGUCUUACUCGACGUUUUACAGCCCAAUUGCUUUCGGGUGUACAAGAAUUGCAUAAACAUGGCAUUGUACAUCGUGAUAUAAAGACUGCAAAUAUAUUCCUAGUCGAUGAGAGCAAUAGCCUUAAAUUGGGUGAUUUUGGUUCUGCGGUACAAAUUCAAGCUUAUACCACAGUGCCUGGUGAAUUACAGGGACAUGUUGGAACACAUGCAUAUAUGGCUCCGGAAAUGUUUACAAAAUCUUACAGCGAUGGACAUGGUCGUGCUGCUGAUAUAUGGUCAGUGGGUUGUGUUGUUAUUGAAAUGGCUUCAGGAAAACAUCCUUGGUGGCAAUAUGAUUCUGGUCAUCAAAUUAUGUUCAAAGUGGGAAUGGGUGAAGCUCCAAAAGCACCAGAUACUUUGUCACAGGAGGGACAUGAUUUUCUACAAAUGACUUUGCAACAUGAUCCUAAAAAACGUUGGUCAGCAGUUCAGCUAUUGGAACAUAACUUUUGCAAGGUUAUAGAUGAAGAUUGUCAUAUAUCUACAAGACCGCGGUCGACAUUCAUUUCGGAGGAGCUAUUAAUCGAUUAUAAAGAUAAACCUUGUUGAAUGUUAUCUAUAUGUGUACCUACUUGACUUCAUUUCGUGUAGAUGAUAACGAAAAACAAAAUACCGCUGUUGGCGGACUUAUAAAAUGCAUUUGUUCAUAAGACGGGAUUAAUAAUUUAAUUAUAUAUAUAUUUUUACUUUAAAUUUUAAA